GAGUGUCUCAGUAGAGACACUGCGAUAAGCUCCAGGGGUUCGCCCCAAUAGCUUUUUGGGUUACCUCCUUGGUCACGUCGGAUUAGGUAGUUCGCGGAACUGAAUCAUGUCGUCCACUCGGGUCAAGAUUGGCCACGGUCUUGCCUGGUUCUUCAAUUUGAACCUCGAUCCCUACGGCCAACGCGAAGCUGAGCUUGACGACUCUAGAAAUGCGUCUCAAUCUCACCCUGACGUCGAGCCUUAUGACGAAAAGAAUCCUACUGCCGCUGACUGGAUCCGAAGUAUCACGCCGACACCCCGAGAUAUCUUCCAAUACUUCUACCGCUUAUUCCCGUUCCUCCAUUGGAUCACUAGAUAUAAUCUGACAUGGUUUAUCGGCGAUUUGAUUGCCGGCGUCACUGUCGGAGCUGUAGUCGUGCCCCAGGGCAUGGCUUACGCCCUAUUGGCUGAGCUUGAGCCUCAAUAUGGACUCUACUCUUCCUUUAUGGGUGUACUUCUCUAUUGGUUCUUCGCUACCUCGAAGGAUAUCACGAUAGGGCCUGUUGCGGUUAUGUCGACUAUUACUGGCGGGAUUGUCAACAAAGCAGAAACAGCUAUACCCGAUGUUCCCGGACAUGUCGUGGCUUCUUCCCUUGCCGUAAUUGUUGGCGCCAUUGUGUGCUUCCUCGGCUUGGCUAGACUUGGUUGGAUUGUUGACCUUAUCCCUCUGCCUUCGAUUGCUGCUUUCAUGACCGGAUCUGGCAUUAAUAUCGCCGUCGGACAGGUCCCUACUAUGAUGGGGAUGAACACAAAAAAGAAGAGGUUCUCAACGCGAGACGCCACGUACUUGGUUAUCAUUAAUACCUUGAAGAACCUCAAGUAUACCACGAUUGAUGCGGCUAUGGGACUCACAGCUUUGCUUAUGCUAUACAUUAUUAGAGAAACUUGCACGUACUUGGCUAAGAAGUAUCCUCACCGAGAGAAAACCCUCUUCUUCGUCAAUACCCUUCGAACAGCAUUCGUCAUAUUGCUUUACACCGCCAUCAGCGCCGGUGUCAACUUACAUCGCCGGACUAACCCUCUUUUCAGCGUCCUUGGCGAGGUUCCGCGUGGGUUCCAACAUGCCGGCGUGCCUGAUCUCGACCCAGAAAUCCUUUCCUUCUUUGCCUCUGAGCUUCCCGCGGCUGUUAUUGUUGUUCUAAUCGAGCACAUAUCUAUUUCGAAAUCGUUUGGCCGUGUUAACAACUACGUUAUCGAUCCAUCUCAAGAAUUGGUUGCCAUAGGUGUUAGCAAUCUCCUGGGACCUUUCCUUGGGGCGUACCCAGCUACCGGUUCAUUCUCUCGCACUGCCAUUAAAGCAAAGUCCGGCGUUCGCACACCAUUUGCAGGUGUAAUUACAGCAAUUGUGGUACUUCUCGCUCUGUAUGCAUUAACAGCUGUCUUCUGGUAUAUCCCUCAGGCUUCCCUCGCUGCUGUCAUUAUUCACGCCGUUUUGGAUGUCGUAUCUCCGCCAAACGUAGUAUACCAAUUUUGGAGGAUUUCACCCCUGGAAGUAAUUAUCUUCUUCGCUGGAGUUUUAGUGACCAUCUUUGACACUAUUGAGGACGGAAUCUACACGACUGUAUGCGUAUCAUUUGCUGUUUUCAUUUUCCGCGUUUUCCAGGCGAAGGGGCGCUUCCUCGGUAUUGCUAAGGUCCGCACAGUCGGGGAUCUCAGGUCUAGCAGACGUACUAGCGAAAGCUCCAAUGACCAGAAGAUUACCUCAAUUGUUGGCGAAGGCGAAAUUUCAAGCGAACGCAACUUAUUUAUUCCAAUCAAUCACGAAGAUAAUUCGAACCCUCGAGUACCCGUCGAACAUCCUUAUCCCGGAGUGUUCAUCUACCAAUUCUCAGAACUGUUCAACUAUCCGAAUGCGACUCGUUUCUUGGACGGGCUGACAGCGGGAAUCUUUAAACAAACACGGAGAACCGAUCCCGAAUCUCUUGGAAAACUAGGUGAUCGUCCUUGGAAUGACCCUGGUCCACGAAAGGGCCAGGUGGUUGUUGAUGACACGGAAGAGCGACCUACUCUUAGAGCAAUCAUUUUAGAUUGCUCUGCCGUGAAUAACGUUGACGUAACUUCUGUCCAAGCGUUGAUAGAUGUACGUAACCAGUUGGAUAGGUACGCUCAACCCGACACGGUCGAGUGGCAUUUCGCCAACGUCAGGAACCCCUGGACCCGCCGGGCUCUCACAGCUGCUGGCUUCGGGUUCUUGCCGCCUAAGAGGGAUACUGAGAGCGGAUACCAUUGGAAAUCGAUAUUCAGUGUUGCUGAUUUGGCAGACGCUGCCUCGCCCCUCUCGAGUGAAAAAGCGUUUGGAGGAAAGCGCGCGAGCGGCGACGAGGAAAUUGGCGCAAAGCCGAGCUCUACCAACGAAACGGAGGGUACCAUUCGUCAAGUACCACUUUACGGCCUGAAUCGGCCAUUUUUCCAUGCUGAUGUGCUAGAAGCUCUUGAUGCCGUGUUGGAGAACGUUGAGCAUCGACCUUCUCUUUUCAAGACUUAGACACUUGUCAACAUCAUUACAGAAGUAUUAUAUAAUCUAU